AUGAGUGCUUCAGAUGACCAACCGGAAGUUACGCCGGAAGUCCUUCAUACCCAUGCAGUUGCACUUGAGGAGGUGUUGCGCGAUUUGGAAAGCUGGAAGCCGUCCAUGAAAGAUGAACUUGGUUCGUUGCUUGAGGCGCACAAUGCUAUUUCCCCGAUCACCUACGACGAGGUCAAAAAGCUGGAAGAGAGUGGGGUUAAUGUGUUGUGGGUACCUAGCAAGAUCGUUGCCACAAUAAAGGCAGGGACUGGCCGUAAGAAGAUCCGUCUUGUUGCUUGUGGGAACUUUUUGAGCCGUGAAAAGACCCGGAAAAGUCCGACGCUGUCCAGAACUGACGUAUUCACAUCGUCUUUAGACUCGUUGUCGCUUCGUCUACAACUUGCGAUGGCUAGCAGCAGGAAGUGGGUUUUGACGUCUGUGGACGUCAAGACCGCGUUCUUGACGGCCCCUAUCGGAGGGGGGCGGCAACUGCGUACCAUAGUGGUUAAACCGGCCCGUGUCUUGGUGGAGGCGGGAUUAGUGGCGCCAGGUCAACUGUUUAAGGUCGAGAAAGCACUUUAUGGACUCCACCAGAGUCCGCGUGAUUGGUCCAUCAGCAGAGAUACCAAACUGUGUGCCCUUACAUGGUCUGUCAAUGGAGAAACUCGCAGGUUGGUCCAGUCAAAGUGCGACUGCUCAAUCUGGUUUAUCAGGCGUGUGGUGCAAGAUGUCGUGGUAACAAAUGAACCACCUAUCGGAGCUCUGGGAGUUUACGUCGACGACUUGUUGUUGACUUCCGAGGAAUCCGAGACAGAUGCACUUCUUCGGGCUAUCCGUUCCCUGUGGACAUGCUCAGAGGAGCAGAGGUCUACUAAGGGGAGGGUUAUCUUUUGCGGCCUUGAGAUUGACCAGAAUCCUGAGACAAAAGAGCUGGAGAUCCACCAGUCUUCCUACAUCAGAGCGCUUGAAGCAAGGCAUGGUCCCCUGAGGUCGGCUGUCCUUCCGAUGUUCAAGGAUGAGGACGAGGAAGAAGAAACAAGUCUUGAUAUGAUCCGCGAGGCGCAAGGCUUGGCAGGCGAGUUGACUUGGAUCUCAUGCCGAUCGAGACCAGACGUUUCUUUCAGUGUGUCAAAAAUUGCCCGUAUGUUGUCCAAGAGGCCCAGUGCGGCCAUCAAGGCGGCUAAACAGGUGAUAGGCUAUCUGUUGCACACCCGUGCGUACUGCUUGCGUUAUGGAGGGCCGACUGAUCCCGAGCUGGAGGGACAUCUGCUUCGAAAACGGGGCAUGGAGGUAGUAGAGACCUUCACUGAUGCUAGCUUUGGGGUUGAGUCCGGAAGAAGCCAGAGCGGGGUAGUAGUCGCGGUAGGCGGUUGUGUUGUGGGGUGGUUAAGCCUUACCCAGCCGUUCACCACCUUAAGCACCUGUGAAUCAGAACUGAUCGCUGCGUGCGAGGGCCUUACUCUUACUCAGGCUUUGCUUCCACUGUGGGCAGAAAUGCUGGGGUCUACACCUGCGUGGUACGCGUACACCGACAGCGUUGCAUGCGCAGCAGUUCUGAUAUACCCGUCCGGAAAUUGGCGCACCAAGCACCUCAGGUUGAGGUCAAAGGUGUACCAAGAGCUUGUUGAAGCAGAGGAGCUGGCAAUUGCACAUGUUCCAGGCCGGUUUCAAUUAGCUGAUGCGUUAACUAAGCCGCUGACGCGUGUGAGAAUGCUUGAACUGCUGAAAUUCGCUGGGAUGUCGAAUCUUGACAACGAGGGUGGUGGCCAGUCGUCCCGAACUGGCGCAGCUACGCCACUCUUAAAAGUCUUGCUUGUUGGUUGCCUUGUUGGACAAGCCCAGGCGCAACCCGAGUACAGAUUGGCUGGGGAUAUGGAUUCCUUCUUGUGGUUUAUCUUCACCGUGUUGGUUGUGGUAGGGGGGUUAAUAGGUCUGUACUUACAGGAUCGAAGACAUCAAGCCCGAUUGCAAGAGCUGAGGGAGAUGUCAGCACAAGCGCUAAGGGAACUAGACCAAGCUGUUAGCAAGAGGGAGAGCGCAAGCGGGGGAGCCACGCAUGAGGAGGUGUCCUUGUGCCCGUCCAAAGCCCCGUCCAUCGCCAAGUCACCUCCUGUGCUUAGUAAGGCAGCGCCGCCCAAGUCUCAGGCGGCCAGUCGCUCCUUGCGUGCUGUUCCUGUGUUUGGCUCUGGUCCUUGCAACGCACCGCCUGCAAACAGACCCGAUCCGUUGACCAGUCAGGUUGGCAGGCCGCCUGCCCAGAACCUGCCACUGCUUCAGGCUGUUGUCGGCUUUCUUGAGUCGCAGAUCCAUCAGGAGAUGUCUGCAGUAAACACCCCGCCACUUGAGGACGAAGACUCGUUGGCAAGUUCAGAGGACUCUCUGGAUACAGAGGAAAGCGCCCAUGUUGGGUGGCAUGAACCGGAAUUUGACUUUGAUCCCCAUGAUCCAUAUGCAGACUUACCUUCCUCUGAGAGAGGGCGUUUGGAUCCCGACACGUAUGACCCCAGUCAUGUGAACAGUGAGGAUUUCCCAGCAACUCUUCGAGAUGUUCUGUCGUUCGAAGGCUUGCGUAUUUUGUCUUCACUCGGUAUUAGUCCGUCGGCAUGGGGGGGGUGGUAUGCAACAUCCCAGUCUUUCAGGUGGGCAGUGAAAUACGCCCAUGAAGACCUUGUUGCUCGAAUGUCGCGACUGCAUAUCUUCUGUGGCCCAUCAUGCAGCAGGUACUCUCGUGCAAAUGAUGCUGACAAUUUACCUGAAGACGGAUUAUUCUUCAGUGAAGAGGAUGACUGGAAGCUCGAGAUCCACGAUUUCUUUCGUGGAAAUGACGAGUACGCAUUCCAGAAUGUAGAGCGUGCAUAUCACUUUUGGCAGAAGAUUGGGGGUUACACGUGGCAACUUGACCUUGACGUCGUAAGGGAUGGCUUGUCAAUGUCAGAAGAGCAUGGACUGGCUAUGUUGGCAGCAGGCCAACCGGGAGCAUCUUCACGGGACCUACGCAGUAGACCUAGGUUUCCGACAUGCCUAGGUUUUUACGUUGACGACGUGGCGCCCGAUCUUACCGCGUCUUCAUCACAGGAUAUGCCCAUGUCCGAUCAUGAUCACGCAAUGGCCCAUGCUGCUUUCUUUCUAUACCAGAAUAACAUCACCGUUGAUUGGGAGCAGCUUAGUGAGGCGCAGCAAGAUAUAUACCACAGCCUGGUUGGGGCAUGGUUGCAAGGGAUUCACGAGGUCGAUUGA